UAGUGGUGGUCAGCCAUACUUCAAUUCUUAAAUGUCCUGUCGUAAGCAAUAAUUUCUGUUGUUAAACCUUUAAAGCUUACUACUAAGAGUUACGGAAUGUAAUUUUUGCUACAUAGCCGACAUCGAAUAAUGAUUAAAAAGAAACGUGGAACCAUAAUAAAGAGAAACACAAUAGAGCAAUAUAUCCUGAACAGAAUAUGUAUUUUAUACAUAAUAUUUUCAACACUCAUAAUUGCGAAUGCCUUGCCCCCUGUAAUACGCGUAGGUGCAAUAUUUGCCGAAGAUGAACGUGAAAGCAGUGUCGAAUCGGCCUUUAAAUAUGCAAUUUAUCGUAUUAAUAAGGAAAAAACACUUCUUCCUAAUACACAACUUGUGUACGAUAUUGAAUAUGUUCCCAGAGAUGACUCUUUUCGCACCACCAAAAAAGUGUGUCGCCAGUUGGAAGCAGGUGUUCAGGCAAUUUUUGGUCCGACAGAUGCUCUUCUUGCUGGACAUGUACAAUCCAUAUGCGAAGCUUAUGACAUACCCCAUAUUGAAGUUCGAAUCGAUCUUGAAAAUAACUCUAAGGAAUUGUCAAUCAAUUUGUAUCCGUCGUACACUCUCUUAACUCUAGCUUAUAGAGAUAUAAUGGUCUACUUAAACUGGACUAAGGUGGCAAUUAUAUAUGAAGAAGAUUAUGGACUUUUUAACUUGAUGCACUCAUCCACAGAGACGAAAGCUGAAAUGUAUAUAAGGCAAGCCAGUCCAGAAUCCUAUCGUCAAGUCUUACGAGCAAUCCGUCAGAAGGAAAUUUACAAAAUUAUAGUGGAUACAAAUCCAUCCCACAUAAAAACUUUUUUUAGAUCUAUUUUGCAACUUCAAAUGAAUGAUCACCGAUAUCAUUAUAUGUUCACAACAUUCGACUUGGAAACUUAUGAUCUAGAGGAUUUCAGAUAUAACAGCGUGAAUAUAACUGCAUUUCGUUUGGUCGAUGUCAAUAGCAAAAGAUAUCUUGAAGUUAUUGAUCAAAUGCAGAAAUUACAACAUAAUGGAUUGGAAAAUAUCAAUGGAAUUCCUUAUAUACAGACAGAGUCCGCCCUAAUGUUUGAUUCUGUGUAUGCGUUUGCGUCUGGGUUGCACUUUUUAAAUUUAGAUGGUCCUCCUAAUUUUUCUAUCAAAAAUCUCUCCUGCACCUCUGAUCAAACCUGGGAAAAUGGGCUUUUAUUGUAUAACCACAUAAAUACAGCCAUUACAGACGGAUUAACAGGCAAUAUUAAUUUCGUGGAGGGCCGCCGAAACAAUUUUAAACUUGAUAUUCUGAAAUUGAAGCAAGAGAAAAUUCAAAAGGUUGGAUAUUGGCAUCCAGUAAGUGGUGUUAACAUCUCGGACCCAACAGCUUUCUACGAUUCCAAUAUUGCAAAUAUAACAUUAGUUGUUAUGACAAGAGAGGAACGGCCAUAUGUUAUGGUUAAAGAAGAAAAAAAUCUUACAGGAAAUAUAAGAUUUGAAGGAUUUUGUAUAGAUCUUCUUAAAGCGAUCGCUCAACAAGUUGGAUUUCAGUACAAAAUUGAAUUAGUUCCCGAUAAUAUGUACGGUGUUUACAUACCAGAGACUAAUUCAUGGAAUGGAAUUGUACAAGAGUUAAUGGAAAGGCGUGCUGAUCUGGCUGUAGCUUCAAUGACAAUUAACUACGCUCGGGAGAGUGUUAUUGACUUUACAAAACCAUUUAUGAAUUUGGGCAUUGGUAUAUUAUUUAAGGUGCCGACAAGUCAACCUACACGACUGUUCUCCUUUAUGAACCCUUUGGCAAUCGAGAUAUGGCUUUAUGUGCUAGCUGCUUAUAUAUUAGUAUCUUUCGCGCUCUUUGUGAUGGCUCGAUUUUCUCCAUAUGAGUGGAAAAACCCCCACCCAUGCUACAAGGAAACGGAUAUAGUGGAAAAUCAGUUUUCCGUAUCAAACAGUUUUUGGUUUAUAACAGGAACAUUUUUACGUCAAGGAUCCGGAAUUAACCCUAAGAUUUCAGAUCGAGCUCAAACGAAAUUUUUCUCCUUCCUUUCUCCACUUGCCGUUGAAAUUUGGUUUUAUAUUGCAUUUGGAUAUAUUUUUGUAUCAAUCUGCAUUUGGAUUGUCGCUCGAUUAUCACCGAUCGAAUGGGUUAAUUCAAAGCCACCGUGUUCAAGAGCUUGUGACCAUAUAUUGCGCGAAAUUCAAAAAGAAAAUUGUUUUGAUGAACAAUUGGAAUUAACAAACCGGAAAACUAAGUCAGAAAACUAUGCUGAAUAUUUUAAUGCAAACAACAAAAUAAGGAAAUCGAUUGAUGAUGUUGAACAUAAUGAAACUUUAUGUGGACAUGUUACAUUACCUUUGCCUCUAUCUAAUGAUGCUGAACAUGAUGCUUUGGAUAAUAAUACAGUGGAUUUAGUUCAAAUACAAAACAAUUUUACAUUAAAAAAUAGUUUUUGGUUUGCCAUUGGUGCUCUUAUGCAACAAGGCUCUGACUUAUAUCCUAGGGCAACGUCGACCCGUAUUGUUGGUGGAUGCUGGUUUUUUUUUUGCCUGAUAAUUAUAUCAUCAUAUACCGCAAACUUAGCUGCAUUUUUGACAGUUGAACGAAUGAUUUCACCAAUAGAAAGCGCGACUGACUUGGCCGAGCAAACGGAAAUAUCAUAUGGAACUUUGGAAGGUGGAUCAACAAUGACAUUUUUCAGGGAUUCUAAAAUUGGUGUAUAUCAAAAAAUGUGGCGUUAUAUGGAAAAUCGUAAGUCAGCUGUGUUUGUUAAAACAUACGAAGAUGGUAUUAAAAGAGUAAUGGAAGGAAGCUAUGCGUUUUUAAUGGAAUCUACCAUGUUGGAUUAUGCUGUUCAACGUGAUUGCAAUUUAACCCAAAUAGGAGGAUUGCUUGAUUCUAAGGGCUAUGGAAUCGCCACACCCAAAGGUUCUCCGUGGAGAGAUAAAAUUUCUCUUGCCAUUUUAGAGCUACAAGAAAAAGGUAUAAUCCAAAUUUUAUAUGACAAAUGGUGGAAAAAUACGGGUGAUGUUUGUAACAGAGAUGAUAAAAGCAAGGAGUCCAAAGCAAAUGCACUUGGAGUAGAAAAUAUAGGUGGCGUUUUUGUUGUUCUUCUCUGUGGGCUUGCACUUGCCGUUGUUGUGGCCAUAUUCGAGUUUUGUUGGAACUCCAGAAAAAAUAUGAAUAUCGAAAAUCAAUCAUUGUGUUCAGAAAUGGCACAGGAACUUCGUUUUGCAAUGCACUGCCAUGGAUCGAAAACACAGCACAGACCACGAAAACGGAGUUGCUUGAAAUGCACUUCUGGACCAACAUACGUUCCAAGCAAUAUGAGUACGCCAAACGUAGGCGUUCACUAUAAUUAUUUUAAUUAAAUGACAGCCUACUAAUAUAGAUUACUUCUAUCAACUUAAUUAUUAUUUCAUGAAUUCUGAAAUUAAAAAUAAAAUUAAAGUUUAAAACAAAGUGUAA